UAAUAUGAAACUGAAUCUUGAGCAGAAGAAAAACACGUCUGCCAUUUGUCGCAGUCUCUUUGGCUAACGGAUUUAUGAAGUCUCCUGCAGUCUUUUAAAUAAUCGACAGGUCGAGUCCCCACCUGCUGGGAGGUCACAUUAAGUUUGGUGAAAGGAGCCCUCAAACUGCCAUUCAGAUCACAAAAUCAGAAGAUGAGUGAAGACGCCUUGUGUGAGAAAUUUGUGUCAAUGAUCUCCAAGAAAAGGAGAUCUGAUGAAGACGUCAGUGCUCUGUCUGGUUUAACAGAGAAGUUUCCUAAAGUACUGAAAACAUUCUCUCAUGAGGAUCUCCACAAGAUCACAGAGUUCUACAAGCCCUACCUGACUUAUGUGAUUGAAUAUGACAUCACGAGUAUCCUGCAGAACUUGGUCACCAAGAACAUCCUCACCAAUGAUGAGGCCAAGAGAUUCAAAGCCAAAGAAGAAUCUGAGGGGCGAGCAGGGUGACAUAACGAAAAUGGACAGGGUGGUACUGGUGAGCCUGUGGGAGGCGCUGGCUGAAGAACUCGUGAGAUUUCCGUCACCAAACCUGACAAGAAUACUGGAGGAGGUGACAGAGGGCGGACCUGACCUCUUGAAGGACAUUCAGGCCAGUCUCCAACCUGCUCUCAUUGACGUUCGUAUUAAAGGCCUCCAUGAGACACACAGAGGUGGAGUGUCUGAAUCUACAAGAACUCUGGAGGAUCAGACUUCUCCUGGAGAUCCAUGCACCAGAGCUGUGGGCUUUGAGACUCGAUACACAGAGCUGAUGGUCAUCAAACAGUACAAAAGGGAUUACAAUGAGAGACAACAUGAACUUCAGAAGAUGGGAAGAACUCAUGCAAAGCUAAUAGAGGAGCAGACAAGAGAGAAAUGUGAGCGAAUCUGGUUUGAGCAGCUUUUUAGGAGGAGUGCUGGAAGUGAGACAGACCCUCACGUUGUGGUGGUCAGUGGGGUGGCUGGAAUUGGGAAGACCACCAUGGUCCAGAAGAUCAUGUUUGACUGGGCCAGAGGCACUCAGUAUCAGAGGUUUGCAUUUGUGUUCCUAUUUAAAUUCAGGGAGCUCAACCUACUAGACAAAGAGACAGAACCACAGAUGCCCCUGACCAGGCUGAUUGUAAGACACUAUAAAUAUCUCAAUGACCAGAGACUGAGUGAAAUCCUGCAGAAACCCGAAUCUCUCCUCUUUAUAUUUGAUGGACUGGAUGAGUAUAAACACAAACUGGACUUCACACCCAGGAAGCUCCCCUCAGACCCACAUGAGAGCUUUCCUGUCCACAUCCUGGUCUCCAGCCUGGUCAGAAGGACAUUACUGAAAGGCUGCACAGUCCUGAUAACAACCAGACCAACAGCCCUAGAGAUCCUCGACAUGGAGAGAGUUGAUCGAUUUGCAGAGAUCCUGGGGUUCUUCCCUGAGCAAAGGCUGAUGUACUUUAAGAAGUUCUUUGGUGAUACUGAUCAGGGCUCUGAGGCUUUUCAGUAUGUGGAGGAGAACGCCAUCCUGUGCACCAUGUGCUUUAACCCCUCGUACUGCUGGAUUAUCUGCUCUGUGCUGAAGAGCCAUUUCAUGACACCUGAAGAAGAGCGAGGAGCUGCCCCCAGAACUGUCACUGAGCUCUUUGUGAUGUUUCUUCACAACAUCCUCACCAAUCAUAGACGAGAAGCCAAAGACCAGCGAGAGAUUCUGGUCAAACUUGCAAAGAUGGCUUAUUAUGGGGUGGCUAACAAAAUUCUUGUGUUUUAUGAAAAGUUUGAGAUGUCCACCUUUGGUCUCCAGUCAGUCCUGCCCUCUCCAUUCCUCUCAGGGUUCCUUAAAGAAAUCCUUCAGAGAGAAAGCACUCUGGAGCACACGACAUACACAUUCUACCACCUCACCCUGCAGGAGUUCAUGGCCGCCUGCUCCUUCUACCUCGAUCCAUCGGUGGGCAUUGAGGAGCUGCUUGAGAAGAUGGACUUGUGUAAAGAUGGCCGGUUUGAGAUUCUUACUCAAUUUUUAGCAGGACUGGCCAGGCCAUCUGUGUUUAAAACACUGGGGGGAAUCCUGGGGGAGUUUGAGAGGAAAAUGGCAAAGCAGAUACUGGAGUGGGUGAAGAAGAAAGCUGAAGGGGUGCUACAGGGUGAGGUUAGAAGUAAAAGCUUGCAAUUGACAUUUAUGAAAGGUAAACGAGAUAACAGUAAAGCUCUACGAGUAUGUCAGUGGCUCUAUGAGACUCAGAAUAAGAGAUUAAUCAGAGACGCCAUUGGGAAGGAUUUAAAGAUGGACUUUAGUAGGAUGACUUUAUCUCCUCUGGACUGUGCUGUGCUGGGCUCUGUCAUCAGCUGCUGUGGAGAACUUGAGGAGCUCAACCUGUCAAACACAAACCUCACCUCACAGUGCAUCACGAGACUGACGCCGGGGCUCAUCUGCUGCAGACGUGUCAAUCUGAUGUUAUGUCAUCUCACCUCUGAAUGUUGCUCAGCUCUCUCCUCAGCUCUUACUACUGAACAGUCGCGACUGACUGAACUGAACCUGAGCAUCAAUAAACUGGGGGACUCAGGAGUGUCUGAGCUGUGUAAGGACCUGAGGGAUAAAAACUGUAAAUUAGAGAAACUGAGGCUCUGGACAUGUUGUCUCACCUCCAGAUGUUGCUCAGCUCUCUCCCCGGCUCUCUCUGCUCCACACUCACGACUGACUGAGCUGUACCUGAGUCACAAUAAACUGGAGGAUUCAGGAGUGACUGAGCUGUGUGAGGGGCUGAAGAGUGAAAACUGUAAAUUAGAGAAACUGAGGCUGUCCGGUUGCCUUCUCACCUCUGGAUGUUGCUCAGCUCUGUCCUUGAUUCUCUGUGCUGACCACUCACGACUGACUGAACUGGACCUGAGUCGCAAUAAACUGGGGGAUUCAGGAGUGACUGAGCUGUGUGAGGGGCUGAGGAGUGAAAACUGCAAAAUGGAGAAACUGAGGUUGUCUUGUUGUCAUUUCACCUCUGGAUCUUGCUCAGCUCUCUCCUCAGUUCUGUCUUCUGAACAUUCACACCUGACUGAGCUGGACCUGACUGGCAAUGAACUGGGGGACUUUGGAGUGGCUCAGCUGUGUGAGGGGCUGAGGAGUGAAAACUGUAAAUUAGAAGAACUGAGGCUGUCUCAAUGUCGUCUCACCUCUGGAUGUUUCUCAGCUCUCUCCUCAGCUCUCUCUGCUCCCCACUCACUACUGACUGUGCUGAACAUGUGCUACAUUCAACUGGGCAAUUCAGGAGUGGAUCAGCUGCGUAAGAGCCUGAUGGGCAUAAACUGUAAAUUAAAGGAACUCUGGGUCUCUGAUAUUGAGAUGUGGGAAAAAGAGAAGAGGAACCUGGAGUCACUACAGGAGGAGCUGAACAGGUCAGGAUGGCAAAUAACGAUCAUCACAUGCAGCGAUGAGCCUAUGAGUUUUGACUGACCUCCCCCUGACGGUACCCCCUUGUCAGCUCGUUUCCUCUGAUGCUCUACUGAAGGUUUCUCUUUGUCUUUCUAGUAAUUUUUGUUUAAAAGUUGUGACUUCUUUGACACAAGCCAUUACGAAGAGGCCACCAGUCUGUAAAAUGAUCAACGUAAAUGACAAACCCCAAGUGUUAUAAUUAACAUUACACCAGAUGGUAAAAAGUAAAAUGAUUGGAGUGUUAAGAAGACACAAAGCAGUGAAGAAGAUGAGCACUUUUAAUAUAAACCAACAUACUUACUGGUGCUGUAAUGAAGGCAGCAAUUAAGAAGAACGAUUUUCAGCGCAUCACUCUGCUCUGUUUAGUUAAUAAGCUCUGCAUUCAUAUAAACAGUCUGCUUAUGAAAGAUUACUCUUACACUUAAAAAUUAUAAAGUGUAUACAUAUUUUUAUUUCUGAAUUUUGCCUCUUUGCUCUGUGUGUUUAAUAAGCUUUACACUCAUAUAAACAGUCUGCUUAUAAAACUUUAGAGAUGACGAUCUGAAUCUGUGUUAUCACUGCUGAAUUGUUAUAAGAUCGUUAUUUUCUUUAGAUUUAUGAUAAAGGCUAAUAACGAAAUUAAGCAUCAUGCUAAAGUAUUACAUUAGAUAUGGAUUGAAUUUAAUCUUUUAUGUUUCUGUUUUACAGUUGUGCUUUAAUAACGUGAGCUACCACCGCUAUGCUGACGAAACACAACUGUAUU